UGAUGCUUCUCAAAAAUCAUCGUUUUUCAAAAUAGUACAAAUUCAAACUGGAUUGCAUCAGCUUGAAAUACACAAUACAGUCUAUAGCUGCCGGUUCCGGUAUGGCCUUUAAUUGAAUCGCAAAGCAGAAAGGCGAAAACCAUGGCGGCGGUCUUGUUGGCGAGAUUGUACUUUCGCUGUGUUGUACGCUUUUCUGACCGAGAGUACAAGCGCUGAAGGAAUAAUACCGUGGAAAUCGAAACCGAAAGAAAAAUGAGCCACUCUAGUGAAUCUAGCGAGUCAGAUGACGGUGGAGACGAUCAGGAAGGGUCUUCUUUCUCGGAAACGAACAUCGAGGAUGCUCUGACUUCUUUCAGAGAGCAAUGGCAACGUGAAUUAGAGAUAUCACCCAAAAGGGAUCGACCAAGAACACAGUCCACAAAGACAGUUAAAGUUGAUGUUUCUAAUUCUAACGACGAAGAGUCCAUUGAAAGCAAGGCAAGAAAUUUGUUCCUGAAAGGAAUUGAAUAUGAGGAAAGAAGGAAGUUCUAUGAAGCAAUUCAAUUUUACAAACGAGCUGUGUUAUUAGUUCCUGACAUUGAGUUACGUUUAUACGAAUCAACUAAAGUAAAAUCAAACGAUGAUAAUCACGAAGGAUAUGACAAUGACAUAAACAACAUUGGUGAAAAUGCUGAAAAUCAUAACGAAGAAGAUGAAGAAGAAAGCGAUUUAUUUGUUAAAUUAUGCAAAAUUGUAAAUCAAAAUAAAUGCGUUUGUUUCCCUAAAUUUGAACAAACUACAACACAUAUUUCUGCCUUGCCUAUGGAGAUAGUGCUUUAUAUCCUAAGAUGGGUUGUAUCUUCAGAACUUGACUUGAGAUCUCUUGAAAUGUUCUCCAGAGUAUGUCGUGGAUUUUAUAUAUCUGCAAGAGAUACCGAAAUCUGGAGACUUGCCUGUGUUAGAGUAUGGGGUGUAAAUUGUGGAACCUAUGCUCCAAAAUAUCAAUCAUGGAGAGAUAUGUAUUUACAACGGCCUAGACUAAGAUAUAAUGGAUGUUAUAUUAGCAAAACCAGCUACAUUCGUGAUGGUGAAAAUAGUUUCCAAGAUCGUUUUUAUAGACCUUGGCAUCUGGUGGAAUACUUCAGGUACCUGAGAUUUUUUCCCGAAGGAAGAGUUUUGAUGCUAACUUCAACCGAUGAAGCCCAAAGUUGUGUAAAUUUUUUAAAAUAUCGCACUCCACGGAAUCCAUCGGUUCUUAUUGGUCAUUAUAUAUUACGCGAUAAUUGUGUUAUUCUAAUGCUCAAGAAACAGGAAAUAAAAGGAGUUAGUACAUAUAGAAAGAAGAAGAAAGAAACUAUGCAUGAUAGUGGGGAACAAACAUUUCAUAUUGAAUUUGAAAUUCAGGAUCAUCAUAGACGGUUAAAUUCGCAAUUGAAAUGGCUGAGUUACACUAUAUUUACAAAAUAUAGAAAUGGACAUGAAGCGAAAAUGUGUUUAAAGGAACCAUCUGUAAGAGAAUGGAGAGUAUCGGCUAUUGGCGGGCGAUACCCGUCGCUUAAAUUUAGCAGAGUUAAAAGUUAUACUCAAGAAAGUGAAGCUCCUUUACAAUAAUUGUAAUUGAACGCAAAAUUAUUAAUCACCUGAAUUAUAUAAGAGUACCUACAUAAUGGAACUGAAAUUUAAGAGAAGACUAUAUUCUUCAAGCGAACGUUAAAUCUUGUACAGAUCACUCUUGAUGUACAUUCAGAGUAUGCACGUUAAUGUUACAUUUUUCCGCUUAUAAAAAUGUAUUGUAAACAAGUUCUAAUGAAAAAGAUACUUUAUUCUUAAUUUAUUAUCAAAGUAUUUCUUAAAUAAUUUUUAUUAACCUACUGUACAAUUCUAGCGUUACAGUUUUCUCUUAAAUUCUAUCUACAUUAAUUGUAGGUGAUACGUACUGAAUGAUUUAAAAUUUAAUAUAUUGUUUACUAUGCACUUCUACGGUGCCUUAUAUGCUUUUAACAUAGGUGCUUUUAUUUUAAAAUAUACUAAUUGAUCACUUUUUUAUUUAUUUAUUAAUUAUGAAAUUUUCAAUAAAAAUAACGUCGGAGAUAAAUAAUUUUAACGCAAUACAUACAUAUAUAGAUAAUUAAUUUCGAUCAGACUAUAAGCUACUGCAGCAUGCAAUUUAUACCAACGAUCAGAUCCGCAAGGACACUUUCAUACGCGAUAUGGUACACUAAAAAUAUAUUUAUCUAGCACGCGUACUAUCUAUUGAUAAAUUUUCUCUUCAGAUAAAAUAUUUCAUUCUUCGAGACAUUCUUGCGGCUCUGCUCUUUGCGAAUUUCAUAUAGAACUUUAUCAUAAACGUAUACACUCAAUCAAAGUACGUGAAAGAAACGAAAACACGAUUAAUAUACAUAUAUUAAUUAAAUUUAUACCAUUUACUUUCUAAUUGUAAGAUCUAUCGAUUGUGGAUACCAGGUUAAUCUAUGCCUGUAUAUGCAAUUUCAAAUGUAAAUGAACGGAUUGUGCAUUCUUCGUUCCCGAUACCUCUAUAUGGGCGAUGAAUUUACGUAUGAAUAAUCGAAACCCCUAUGGAAUUAAAUGAAUUCCAAUCGAUAUUUUGGGAUAGUUUUAUUCGUUUACACGAGUGGUAUCGACAUUGAGAAACGAUGUGUGUCUAAUUAAAGGAACGAAUGUCCGGGAACACAUCUUAUAAAUUAUUGCGGAUCUUAAAUUCUUAUAAUCACAACAAUAAACGUAUUUUUGAUGUGCUUA